GUGGCGACAAAGUAUGACAACAAUCCAUAGCCUGGCGACAACUUUAUUGGUGAACCCAAGUGGGUCGGAUAUUGUGUUUGAGAGGAUAUUUGUGGAUAUGUGUUUGAAGAUAAAUCUAGCCAUCUCCCCACAGACGGCGCCAAACUGUUUAUGCCAAAUUUCGUAUGGACGACCUUUGGUUGGGACAUAGACGACUAGAUAAAAUAAAGUAUGUAAAUGACAUGAAAUAAAGGGCGGAAAUAAAGAGAGACAAGACAAGAGAUGGUGACGCGGAAAACCCGAAAGGGAUAAAAACCGCGGGUGGCCAUGAGUCCACCAAUCCACUAAGUAAUAGGCGUAAAAAGCCUUACUGAGUACAAUUACAUUGUAUAUUCGCAAGAACGUAAAUAUAGCUAAUAUAAUAGGGUAAACACAAGUAGGUGUGGCAAAUAUUGUGGGAGUACGUAAGCGGACGAGACAUUCAGGGAAGACUCGUUGUGAAAGAGCUUUAUAAUAGGGCAGUAGGCUUAAUGCAAGGGUAGGUGUAUAAAGAGAGUGUAAUUGGUUUAGUAUACCUUGGCUAAAGAUGAACGACAAUGGUUAAUAUCUUGAUGGAAUACCCAUGUGGAAGAUAAGAGGAAGGCUAGCUUAUAUUUGUUGUAGGAGCUACGGGAAAAGCCAUCGGAUCCUAGGAGCAUGAAGGGAUAGUAUAUAUAUAUACCGUAGCCGUUCGGAUAACGUGUGUUAGUGGAGUAAAUGGCAGAACAUGGGAAGCGUGGGUUUCAUUGUAGGCGUUCUAGAUGGAGAUUGGAAGUGGCCUCUCAUUGCGGAUUCAUGGUCUUUAUAUAGUACUAGGUCAAGCAUAGAAGACAGAAUAAUGCCGUUAGUUAUUCCUUGAUACUCUCAACUGAUCCCUUGAUCUCCUCUAACUGUUUGUUUGACCCUUGCUAGCUUCCUUGACCUUGUCCAACAAGCAUAUAGUGGAGAUGAUGGCUCCUUGAAUAUAGGAACCAACCUUGACUGCUUCCUUAAUAGGAUCCGAGGACGGACUGACUUGCGAUGACUUGUUCCAGCGUCGACCUCACGUCGUACAAAACGACCAAUAACACAUAUAAUGGUAAGAAAUGUCAACUUCUAAAGUUUCGUCAAAAACUAAGAUGUGCUGAACCUAUUGAUUACAAGAUGAGUGACCAAGGUUUAUUUAUGAUUUUAACAUUGGUAGUUUUUGGUGAUGUUCAAAUUGAGUUUCUUGUGUUCAAACCUAGAGUUUAUAUAUUGGCAGUAGGAGUUAAAGGACAAUGGUGGAAAGUGACUGAUUUUACCGAGCAUACAACUAUGGAUUUUCCAGGAGCUCAUUCACUAGGCUAUGAUGGCAAUUAUAGAACUAAAAUUCCUGGGAUAUUUAGUUUUAGUAUGAUUUGUGAUAAUGUGAUGAAUUUGUUCAAGGGAAUUGACAAUGGGAAAAUGAUUGCAAACACUGAGAAACAUUUUAAGAGUUUAGUUGUUGUCAUUGCUGAAAGUAUCCGUUUUGCUGAACUUUUAGAGAUGUUUUAUACGGUUUUGAAAUAUCAUGAUAGAGUUGUUGAACUCAAUAAUAUUCAACGGUGGUUGAUUCGCAAUUGGGAAACAUUAAGCAGCAAUUGGGUAUUAUAUGAUCUUGGAUAUUCUUGGAAAAGUAUAAGAGAAUUAAGUAUUCGCCGUGACUCUGGUGAUGAUAAGAGCGAUAUCCCUCCUCCUCGUGACUGCUUUGAUGAAAACCAUCCUUCUAAAGAUCCCACUAAGAUUUUUGAUAUGCUGAGUCUUAUUUUAUAUCCCCAAGAUAGAUAUACUUUGGGAAGCAUUGAGUCUUUACAAAAGGAUACUAUGAGCCGAGUGAGAGAUGUGGGAAAGGUUGAGGUAGACAUCUUGGUAAAUAUGGUGACUAGAGAGGUUUUAAGGAUGAUUGAAGUUGCCAAAACAGAGGACAAUGCAAACCCGAUUGCGGUUGAAAAUAGUACAAGAAAGGAUUAUGAAUUUAUACUUAAUAUGGAGAAAUCACUUUUGAAGAGACUAGAACAACAUGAGGCUGCUGGUAGUUCAAGUAAGGGGUGAGAAAGCAGCUUUGAACAUGCUUUUGAGGAGGUGGCUUUUUGUUCUUGCAGAAACAGUGAUGCUUGUUUGUAGUUGCAUCUAAUUAUGUCAGACGUUGUUAUUUUCAAAAUACUUGGAUUUCAAUUGUAGAAUGUUCCAUGUUUCUUAGUGUCUUACCAUAUAAUUUUGCAUUGAAGGAAUAUUAUUCCCUUUGUUACAUGUCUUUGAUGGAGACUUUUUUUUAAUUAUAUAUAUAUAUAUAUAUACAUAUUUUUAUUGUCCAA